UUCCGGGAUGCGUGGCUUUCUGCUGAACUAGUCGAAAUCGAGAACGAUGAAGGAACACGCAAGAUUUCACAUGGGCAGGCGGUUGCCGACUAUAUCUUGAAAACAAGCGGCACUUUCGCCACAUUGCUUACAAAGCUGGAAAAGCGCGAGGCAAACCUUCAAGAGGGGGAGUACCAGUAUGGCGUGGUGCUAGAGCUUCAUAAUCAGCGCAAGCUUAAGCUUGAGAAAGUGGAGGAAUGGGUUCUUAGAGCGGUGAAAACAAUUAAUAGCAAUGACGUCGAGCUUGACGAGCGGCGGAAAUGGGUUCCGCUUUUUCGGACCAUCGUCGAGAUGAGACUAUCAGAGGUGGCCUCUACCCGCCGCGUGGACGUUAUCACCCGAGCCUGGGAAGCGAUGGGGCCGACGAGCGCCGCCGCGUCGCCGUCGCCGCGUACUACCGGGAUGCGGAGGUCGCGGUCCGCGCGGAACGCGGCCCGCCGUGGAAAUCGGUCGCCGCCGCGUAGUUCGGGGCGGAGGUUUAUCGAACGGAAAACCCCCCCCUUCCCAUAUCAAAAUGGAAGUAUGUGAUGCGGGAUUCGGGUACACAAAUCGUUUUGUUUUUGUCAUGCUAGAAGGGAAAAGAUGCGGACUGUAGUGCUGGGUGGCGUGGGAAGGCAUUGCAUCUGCAGCAUGACAGGAGGCAGCUGAUAUGGGGAAACAGCACGACGAAUUGCCUGCAAACGAGGCCACAACUGCGUCUCUUGGCCUUCUAGUCAUACAAGUCGGCUCGUGUCUCAACUCACUAAUUUCGUUUUCGAUAUGAGGAGUGGGGAUUUUUCCUUUUGAUAAGUCCGCAGUCCGCGCGCAGCGCGCUGGAGGGAGCUGGCAUGAGCCGUGCAGAUUUAUUACGGGCGGAGCUGGCCUCUGUAUUGGCAGCGGGCGGCGACGGUGAACAUGGUCUUGUUGCGGACUCGCGAGAUUCUGCUCCGGUGCCGGAGUGGUGGAACCAGCUUCGGCUUUUUGUUUUUUUGAAUAAGAGCAAAGGUUGCAAGACGACGGGAAGGGGAGGACGAUUUACGGACGACGGCGCGCCGAUUAUUUUUUUCGAUGCUACCACAUGUCUCGAGAAGCUGUGGGAGGGUGUUGUCAAGAAAAUGGGUGAGGUAUUAUCGUUAAAUGAAAAGCUAAAGAAGGAAUUAUGGACAUCUUUUGGAACGCAAUCUUUUGUAAGAAAAGGAUAA